AUGGUUUAUGACAAAUUUAAUUCCCUCUUAGCACUAGGAUUCGAUACUACUCAGAGUACUAUCACUGGAGUAACCGCUGGAGAUACUCUAGUCAUUAACCAGACCUACACUUUGACAGUGCAAGCCAAGGAUCAAACAGGGAAUGAUUUAGCAGCUGGAGGAGAAAAUAUCUAUGCAUAUCUAUCAGACCCUUGCACUAGAGCUUCCAGUAUGGCAUGAGUCUCUUCUUCUUAUACACAAAGCGCACUGAGAGGCUUAGAGAAAAUUCAGAAGCUGACAGACAACGUAGAUGGGACCUAUACGACAGAUUUAGAACUGAGCCAUAUCGGGAAUGCUACUCUAUCAGUCCUCCGUGUUGCUCACCAAGAUAUCACAGGAGAAUAUUAUGAUUCUGGAAUUAUUUCAGGAAAUCCAGACGCAACAGGAACAUCAUCGUUCAUAGACUUCGAUUGGGGGUUUGAUGUUGUAGCUCCUUCUUUAUCUAAUGAUCCUGCUGCAAGGUUUACAGGAAAGAUCACAGUUUUCUCAUCGGGAACAUAUAAUAUGGCCAUGCUUCACGAUGAUGGGUCUUCCAUAAAAAUAAAUGGAUAUGCAAAAAUUAGCAUGUUCGGAACACCAGGAGAAUUUACUAAUACCUUCUCACAUCACUUCAAUGCAUUCGAGACAUAUGACCUCGAGAUAGACUGGAUAGAUUCAGGAGGGGAAGCAGCUCUAGCCCUUAGAUGGGACUCUGGAUCUGGGAGCAUUACUAUUCCUUCAGAGAAUUACGCAAUAGCUGACGAUAUUGCGACAAGUCCGUUACAGAUUUCUGUGUCUUGUCCUGACAAAUAUGAACAAGUCUCAUCUACCACUAAUCAGUGCAAACCUAUUUGUGGAGACGGUUUCAUAGACGGUUCUGAGUCAUGUGAUGAUGGAAACACAGUGAGUGGUGAUGGAUGCUCGUCUGACUGAACCUCAGUAGAAACAACAUGGAAAUGAAAUGGAUCAUCACCAAGUGUCUGAACUAGAGACUAUAAGUCCAUUCCUUUGUCAGAUCAUGAAACAACAAUGAAGGCUGCUAUGAUAUCUUCAGCUUCCUUAGCUGUCACCUUUCAGGCUGUUGGAGGUUUGAUGAAUGGAUCUUCUCCUAGCACGAUAUUUUCUUCUAUCAACCAACUUCAACUUUUAAUGUUAUUUUUGUUAUGAGAAAUAUUCUUACCCUUAAAAGUUGUAAACUAUCUCAGAUCUCUUUCCUCAGCUCUAUUUGAUAUCAAUAUUGACUGGAGCUUCUUCACAGUGUUCAGGAAGAUUAUUGAGUGGUUUGAUUACCCCCAAGACAGGGAUGACUUCGACACGAUAGACAUCAGCUCAGGAAGCUCUUUGAUCAACCUGAAUACCCUGAUUGCGACUUUUGGAGUGUUUAUCAUAACCCAUAUUGUAUUUAGCUUGAUAAUCUUUUGCUUUAAGAAAUCAACAGGCAGAUUAACAAAUCUGCUCAGAUCAGUCUACAAGGCUUUCACUUUCAAAAUCUAUGUCGUGCUUAUUUUUGAAGGUUUUAUUAGCUUAUGUCUAUGCUCCUUCUCAGAGCUAAGAAGAUUCAAAGCUAAUGAGGUUGGAUCAGAACAAAACUCAUUCUACUUCUCUGUGUUCUUCUCUCUCUGCACAAUUUGUGUUAUAAGUAUUGCCUUGACUGUUUGGAUUUUCGCAAAACCUUCUGAAACUAGAAAGCACAUAAUAUUUGAGGAAGAACUUUUUAAAGGACUCAACCAAAAAAGACUAUCAAGACUGCAGCCAAUUCUGUUCCUAGCCAGGAGGACAGUCCUCUGACUGAUGAUAAUCUUUGGUAGGGUGCUAGGUAGGUUCCUGUUCAUGGGUCUCUACUCUUUCAUUAGCCUAGCUCAUUGAGUAUUGACAUGAUGAAUCAGGCCAUUUGAAAAAGUUCGGAACAAUAUUACAGAAAUUAGUAAUGAGCUAUACAUAGUGUACUUUUGAAUAUUCCUGAUGUUCAAUCGUACAGAAGAGGAUUGGAGCGAUCCCAAAACAACAGUGAUCUACUGGUCUCUCGUCUCUAACAGCGCUCUUGAUGCUCUUCUGUCACUAGUAUUUUUAAUAUACACUCUCUUCAAGAAGAAAAGGAAAAUAAAAGUGACAACUAUCCAAAAAGCGAAGAAUGUCGUUCCCAAGAAGCCCAGGAGACUAAAGCUCAAAGACCCUCCAAGACUGUCUCAGAUACUGCCCAAUAGGGAGGAGCUGAAAGAUCUCCGUCGGUACAAGUUCCGACACUCACCAAGGAAUUUGAUGAUAGAAUCUAUUGAGUCAGAUCCAAGUUUUGCUAAGCUAAGAUAGAGGUUUCGCUCCUUCAUUCC